UCAAAGAAAGAGUUGUUGUUUCAUCCCCUAAUACGUCAACCCUCAUAAAAAUUGGGACGGAGGGUAGAUCUCGUUCUAAACAUGAAUUCAUAUUUUAAAAGAUACUGACCUUGAAGAAGGCUACGUAUUAUAACAACAAACUUCUCAAAGGUGUUCUGCAGUGUGUAAAGAUGGAGUUGGAUUCAGUGUUCUUGUACACAGCUUUAGGAGUAGGGAUUUUAACCCUUUGUAGUAUGCUGAAGAAUGUAAAUGGGUGGUUUUAUACAAUCAAAUUUAGUUCAAGGAAAUACCGAUUGCCUCCAGGUGACAUGGGUUGGCCAUUCAUUGGCAACAUGAUUCUUUUCUUCAAAAGUUUCAAAUCAACUGGAAAUCCAUGCUCAUUUGUAUCUUACUUUGUUACUAGGUUCGGGCCAGUAGGGAUGUACAAGGCAUACAUGUUUGGAUCGCCAAGCAUAAUCGUGACAAAACCAGAAAUAUGUAAGAAAAUCUUUAUGGAUGAUGAUAAUUUUGACAGAGGAAAAUCAAGCUCAGUUGGUACAGCUUCAAACCAAGAAGACAAGCGUCUUCGUCGAAUAACAACAGCUCAUAUAAGGACUCACGGAUCGUUAUCCUUCUACUUUGAUUGCAUAAAUGAAAUCGUGAAGAAUUCACUUGAGAAAUUUGCUGCAAAGGAAGAACCAAUUUAUUUAUUCUCUGAGCUGAAAAAGCCUGCAUUUGAGGUGCUUAUGCUAAUUCUUAUAGGGGGUUAUCAGGUUUCUCAACAACUGCUUGACGUUGUGUUCGAGGAGACAGCUAUACUGAUUCGGGGUUUUCACGGGUUGCCCAUUAAUAUCCCCGGAUUUGCUUACAACAGGGCCAUGAAGGCUCAAGGAAUAAUAGCACAGAUGUUUAAGCAGAUAUUAGAAGAAAGAAAAGUGAUGAUUGCAGAGAAUAAAGCAAGGCCAAUGUCCAACAUGUUAGAUAUGAUGCUAGAUGCUCAAGAUAUUGAUGGAGGAAAAGGAUUAAGUGAUGAGACCAUUGUUGGACUGCUACUCCAAUACACAUUUGCUGGUUAUGAAUCUGUUGCUAAGGUUGCCUCAAAGACAAUUAUGCAUUUUGAGAAACAUCCCGACAUCUUGCAGAAAGCAAAAGAGGAACAAGAGGAAAUCGUUAAGAGAAGACCAUCUUCAGAUGCAGGCCUUAAUUUCGACGAGAUUAGACAGAUGAAGUAUCUUAGUAAGGUACUUGAUGAAACACUGCGUGUUAAUAGCCUCAUACCAAUCUUUAGAGUGGCUAAAGCGACUGUUAACUUAAACGGCUACACCAUACCCAAGGGGUGGAAGUUCUUGACAUUCUUAUGGAGUUUUAAUAUGGAUCCUGAGACUUAUGUCAAUCCUAUGGAAUUUAAUCCUUCAAGAUGGGAUGAUAUGGAAACCAAACCAACCUCCUAUUUUCCUUUUGGAGUAGGCCCCAAAAUGUGCCCAGGGUCCAAUGUGGCCAGGCUUUCACUUUCAAUAAUUCUUCAGUACUUUCUACUUAACUACAGGUUUGAGCAGCCUGAUCCAGAUCAGAGCAAAACUAAACCGCUUGAUAAUUGUAUUGGGAGAUUCAAGAAGAUCUCAACAUAAGAUAAAUGACAACUUCAGCACUAUCCAUUGUUCCACAUUUGCAUUGCUCAUGUGAAUCUUAAUUGGCCUUCAGUCAUCUAAUCUUGAAAAUGAUGAGCAUGGGUUUGUAUGGUUAACUUAUUUUUAUCAAUAAUGAAGUUGCAGUCUGGUGGCCCUU